AUGACGGACGAUCGGAUGUACGACUUGCUGAUGCGUCAAUUCGAUCCUAUGAACAUGGUUUUCUUGAAAACCGACGCUGCUGUUGAAAUGAACAAGCAGGAGAAAAGGAUGUACGAGGAAGAGGCCGAAGCUUUGAAGGCGAAAAUCGAAGCCGCGGAAGCGGAUAUUUUAGUUGCACGAGAAGAAUUGGAAGAAGCGAAGAAGCAGCGAGAAAGGAAAUCGGAAUACGACGCAUUGGCCAGAAUUAUUUUCACUCUUCCCGAUCGCGAAGUCACUCGGAAGGAGCUGCAAACUUCAGAAGCCAGUGUGCAACGACUCAAGAAAGUGAAAGCGGAAUAUCAACUGAUGCUGUCUGAGAGGGAAGUUCUCAGCCGUGAUCUCAUGUUUGCGGCCUGCCAACUCAAACGUUGCUUGAAAGACAAACCAAACACAGUCCAGUUAUCCCAUGUGGACCCGGACGUGGAAAUACUGGGGGGUGGAAUGAGUGAGUCGGAGGGGUUAGAAACCCCGUCGGUGAAACCCCUGGGGGACUGGCCUGUGCCGAUUUUGGUCGUGGAACCCAGGGGAAAGCCGGGCACUGUCAAAAGAUGGACGGAUAUGAACGUGCAAGAAGUGGAGAAGAGGAAUCUCGUUGCGCUCUCCAAACUGGUUGUUCGCGACGUGAUAGAAUCUUCCAUGGUUCAGGGUCGGAUGUUGGACUCUGAUCAUGUUCCUUUGCAACAAUUUUUGGUCAUUUUGGAGCACUCUCUGAAGCACGGUUUGAAAAUGAAGCGGGGUUUGUUGGCUCAGCAAAAAAGAGACGUGUGGGAACUGCUUCAGGAAGUGGAAAAGUUGGUUCCGGCUGCCAAGGAAAUUACUUUGAGCGUUCGUGAGCUUCCUAGUGUCAGAACUUCGGAAGGAAGGACCAGAGCGUGGUUGAGAUUGGCACUGAUGCAGAAACGGUUGCCGGAUUACUUCAAGGCCCUGACAGACCACAGAGACGAUUUAUUGGUGCAUUUCUAUGAUCCAAUUGCCCUCAUGAUGAGUGACGAUGCCAUUGUUUUGAGUGGACUCCUUCUCGGACUCAAUGUGAUUGACAGCAAUCUUUGUAUAAAAUUCUGGAAACUCUGUGAACCCGGAAAGUAUGGCGGCUGUUUUGGACCAAAAGAGUUACUUGGAAGAGCUCAAUCGGCAUUUAUCGUCUCAAGUGGCGAAUCUGCACGGACGAAUGGAGUCUCUGACUUCCACAAACACGUUGCUCAGGCAAGACUUGGACGCCACGAAGGUUCACAACAAGCAGCUUUCGGAAGAAGUCCGGGCCCUUGGCAACAUGUGGCGCUCAAGAAUGAAAUGGACACCGCCAUGAAACUGUUGGAGAAAGACGUUAUUGAGAAACAGGACACGAUCGUUUCAUUGAGAAGACAGUUGGAAGACAUCAAAGCCAUCAAUUUGGAUAUGUACAAAAAGCUUCAAGCUGCGGAAAAUUCCGUCAAGCACAAGGUUCAAAUGAUUUCUCGACUGGAGGCGAAGGCUGCUGACAUGGCUGAGACCAUCAAAACAUUUGAAGCCAAGUCAAGUGACAAGCAGGCUGGCGAGGAGACCAUUCGGAAGCUCGGCCAAAGCGUGGCGGACAAAGACGCGACCGUGACGACGCUGGAAAGCGAUUUGCGCGUCGAGAAGGAAUGGCGCCUGUCCCUGCAGGACACGUUGGUCAAGGACCGCGAGCGAAUGGCGGAGUUGUCGGCGGAAAUCUCGCGGCUGACGAGAGUCAGUCAGGAGCACGACACGCUCAAAGUGGCGUUCAAGUCCCUGGAACGGACCUGCGACGAUUACGAGAGAAGCAUGGAGGAGCUCGGCGUGCAUUUGUACGAGUCCAAGUUGAAGGUGGACGAUUUGAAGGAGGCUAGCGGGGCCGUGCUGCGGAAUGCUCAGUGGGCCGACGAUGCCGAGGUGACCAAGUGCUUUGGCUGUGAAAAGGACUUCAGCAUCAGCAGGAGAAAGCAUCAUUGUCGGGCGUGUGGGAUGAUUUUCUGCCACGGAUGUUCCGACAACACCAUGCCUUUGCAAUGCUCCAAGAAGCCGGUGAGAGUCUGCGACGGAUGCUACACACACUUGUUGGAGAGGUAUUCUGUGGGUGCUGACAGCUGUGCCUGAAUUUCAAACUCUGAAUGCUGAUGAUUCCCCCGUUUUUUCUUGAGUAUCUUUGCCAUGCAGAGUUUUUAUUUUCCUCGCUCAUAUACAUGCUGAUGUACUAGACUUCCCCCAUGACAUCAAACGCGAACAUGUGAGAUCUGAAUCCGAGUCUUUUUUCUCCUGGGUGAUGAUGUUGAUGAUUAUGAUUCCCCGUGUGUGCUGGGGGUUCAAGAUAAGGGGGGCGGACAUCUUGACAUUUUUAGGUUUUCUUUUUUUUUUGCGUUACCACACAGAGCAGCGUGACGAUAUUGACACAUUUAAUUUCUGCUUCUUCUAAUGAGCGGAGGGAUCAUUUUAGUCCGUUUCUUUCAUUGUUGCUGAUGGAAGGAGAGUCGACGCGAUAGUUUUUUUUUUUUUUAUACAGUAUCUGAAAAAAUCUCAGCAAGAGCUUGACUGGAAUAAUAAACCUAAUUUUCUGGGA